GUUUUGACUUUUUAUAUGAGGAAAGAAAAACGUCGAAGAUAUUAUAAGGAAUAUUUUCAUGACUUAGCACUAGUUUUAAUUCCAGAACACGGGGUUCUAAGAUUAUGUCCUAAACGUCAGCCAAAUGAUGGAGCCAGAAAGCUUACACUGCUGGCAUCCAAGAAACAGAAACUUGAAUCACUGGAAAAGGUUUUGGCUGGGGCCACUUUAUCAGUAAAUGAAGUUCUCCGAUAUGAAGUAAAGGAUAGUGAAUUUAAUCCAAUUAACCUUGGCAGCCACACAUAUGUUCUCAGACCAGGUUUAUCAGCUAAAAGAUUCCUCAUUAAGUGGGCAAGCCAAUUAGAUUACGAAGAUCUAGUUAGAAUAUUCUCUAAGGAAGGUUCAUUUCACCAAAGACCAUCAUCUCAACUGGCUACCUCUGCGCUUCCAUCUUUCGUCAAAUUUGAUAAUCUUCAAGACGCUGACUUCAUACUGGAAGAUGAUAAGGGAAACGAGAAGGCAGAUAAUCGAAUAUUCAGUCUACGUCGUUCUUUAAGUGUACCGGCAGAAAUCUGGUUAACUUUAUCACAACAGGAAGCAGCUGCUGAUGCAGAGAAAACUUUAUCAUCGGAAUUUUUACCUGAAUCAUCCACUGUUCCACCGAACACUACUCAGGCUACACAAUAUUCAUUAUCUUCAGAAUCUGAAAAUACUAUACUUGAUGAGUUUGUACCUGCAGACGAUAAGGCGGAUGAUGAUCUACGUGAAAGUGAAUCAAUGGAGAUAAACGAGGACAAUGAACCAGAGCAAGUAAUACAGUUGGAAGACUUUGAUAACAACAGCAACAACAACAACAUUGUUUCAACGAGUGAAGAACAUUCAAGUUUAGACAUAAUCAAGGGAGAUCAAGAGGAUGUAGUGAUUCCCGAUGAAAAUGUCGACGAUGACAUGGAGGUUGAGGUACAAUAUGCAAAAGACGACCUUGCUGAAGAUAUCGUAACAACAGAUUUCGAUAAUAAAUUAGAUGAUAAUUUACAAUCAGCCUUACUUGAAGAUGAUGUGUUUAUCAACGAAAAUUCUGAUGUAGAUAAGGUGAAAUCACAGUGUGAUGUCGACCAUGAAGAUGCUGAAUUAGACACAAAUCAACUCAUCGAGCAAUCAGAAAGUAUUUCUGCUAAAGCAGUUAAAGGAUGGGAUGGUAGUAGUUAUCUUCCGUCUACACGACAGUUCACGCUGAAAUCAUUAGAAUUGAAUGUAUCAUCACAAGAUAGAACACCGAAAUUUCCAGUGUUGUCAAGAACGAAAACUCUACCAAGUAUUAAACGAAGACCUGGAAUGAAUUCCAGGAAAGCAUCAAUGACUAUCUCGAAUCCAGUUCAUGUACGCGGGAAACGAUUUAAGUCAGACACAGAUCAACCAACUUCGGAGUCUUCAUUUAAUCUACCUCCAAUUACUUCAAAAUCAAAAUACCCAGAAGCUGAGAUAGAAACCAACAAAGAGAAUGUGGAUAAAGCAUGUGAUGAAGAACACCAAAGAGAUACAGAAAAUGACGGUGAUGAGAACUAUGCUGACAGAGAGUUUGAUGAAACCACAGUGAUCAGUAUUGAGCAUGGAAUGUCGUUCAAUACACCAACAAAAUAUUCUUCAGAAUCUUUAACUAAACUACCUUAUUUAACAGAACUACCGCUCAUAGCUCGUCCCGUCGUUAUGCCGACUUCUAGUAUUGAAAUAUCACUACAAGGUUUAAACGAAAGCCGACCUGGAGAACGUCGUGUGAUGAAUCACAUCCAUGGUCCAAAUGAUGAUGAUGAUGAUGAUGAUAACGAUGGUCAUACUGAAGAUGAAAAUAUAUCAUCACAACGAAAAAGUAAAACAGAUACUACAAAAGUUGUCAGUGCUGUUGUCAACAAGCCACGACAAAGUAUCACUAUAAACCUUGAACCAAAUCUUCCACCGAUUCAAACGAAACGAGAUUUCAGCUCAGCUCAGGAAACUGUACGUAAACAUUCGCUAACACUACCGUUGAAUAAAUCCUCUGGCAAAAGUCGGUUGAGCAAGACAGCACGUAUUGAUGAAAAGGAUGUACUGUUCGCUUUUAUGCCGACAAAUCAAACUGAUAGACCAGUAUACGCAUCAACAGAAAGAGAACCUAAAGUUCAACCAAAAACUGAAAACUUUGUACAAAGAAGACAGCGAAUAUUACAGACAACUGAGGAGGAUGUGGCGCCACAACCAGUCGAUUCUCCAAGAAGAACAUGGAAAUCUGUAAAGGAGAAUGUCACAGCUUUGAAUCAAACUGUUAAAAGAGCCAUUAGGCCAGCACCUAAUCCAAACGAUUUCUGCAUGACAGUAUGGAGUUAUCAAGAAGUGAAACAGGAGGAAGUUCCAUUCUCUGAACUGCUUACCAUACUGCUAUCAGGAAAGCCGGAUUUAAUUUCAAAAAGAAUAUUUACUGAAAUUCAACCAGAAAGGGAUUUAGCACAAGAAUUAAGGACUGCCGUUGAAACAAUCUACCGUGUUCUACCAAAAGCUCAUGCAUUCGGUACUGUCGCGACAUUGAUUGGAAUGAGACCAGGUUAUAAAUUAGAAGUACAAAUACUGAAACAUGGUCAUAAACAAAAAGAAUAUAAGAAUACAAUUAGCAAGACACUUGUUGAUGCUUUUAAACACAGUGCAAUACAACAAGCUAUUCCAAAUCAAAAUCAGCAUGAAUUAGAUAAAUUGAUCUCACAGUUUUCUGAAGUCUGUAGUAUUGUAGCAACGGAAUUAAUUGGAUCAGAGACACUGAAACCUGGUAAAAACUUUAUUGGUGUAAACCUGGAUACUCUAAUCAUGAAUUUGGUUAAAGGAGCUGUCUACGAUACACCUCUCGCUUCUCGUGGUGUACUGAGUGGAUUAUUAGCUACAGCUGGUGGAGGCAUCGAAGCACUGACAGGUUUAAUUACAGCAGCGGGAGGAGGAGUUGAAGGAUUAGCUAAACUGUUAGCAACAAUUUCUAAUCCUUCAGAAGCUAUUGGAGAAAUACUUCGAAGUCUUAAUGAUGAUCCAGUGAAAGCUUUGAAAGAAUUUUCAAAGGCUAUGGGUGGAGGUAUUGAUGGAAUUAAGAAUAUUCUAAGUGCGUUAGGUGAAGAUAAACAGAAAGGCUUCCAAGAACUUGUUAAACAAAUUGGUGGUGGUGCUGAAGGUCUGAAAAAUCUUUUCGAAGCAACUGGAGGUAUUAAAGCAUUGAUGGAAGGUUUGUUUGGCGAAGGUGCAGAAGGGCUUGCUGGGCUAAUAGCAGCUGCUGGUGAGGAUGUAGAAGGUCUUAAAAAUCUCAUCGAAGCUGCUGGUGGUGGAAUUAAAGGACUUCAAAAUCUUAUUGCAUUAGGUGGCGACCAGGUCAAUGGGUUGAAGAAUCUUCUCACUGCUAUUGGUGGUGAUAAUGUAGCUGAUGCCCUAUCAACUCUGAUCGCUGCUGCUGGUGGUGCAAAAGAUGGACUAGCGGCACUAUUACAAGAAUCCGGUGGAGGUGCCAAAGGGUUAGAGAAUUUAAUUGCAGCUGUCGGUGGUGGCGUUGAUGGGUUGAAAAGCCUUUUGAAAGCAACCGGCGAUGAUGCAACCGAAGCGUUAGCCAACAUUUUACUAGCAGCUGGAGGAGGUGUGGAAGGUUUUCAAAAUCUUCUGAAGGCUGUAGGUGGUCAAGAUAGUGUUGAAGGGCUUAAGAAUCUGUUGGGUGUUAUGGGAGAUAAUCCCAACGAAGCAUUGGCCAAUAUCUUAAAAGCUGCAGGUGGAGGUGCUGAAGCUUUGAAAAAUCUACUUCAAACAAUUGGUAAUGGUAUUAAUGGCCCUGCUGAUGGCUUGCAGACGCUACUUCAGGCUCUAGGUGGUGAUCCUGCAGAAGCGCUAGCCAAUCUCAUAGCUUCCGUUGGUGGUGGUGAAGAAGGUUUGAAGAGUCUUAUAGAAGCUGCUGGUGAUGAUGUAGUCGGUGGUUUAACUAAUCUUCUCAACUCACUAGGUGGUUCUACUAAAGAAGCCUUGGAAGCAUUACUGACUGCUUCAGGUGGAGGAAUAGACGGUUUACAGAAAUUGGUAGCAGCAGCUGGCGGAGGAGCUGAUGGCUUAAGAAAUAUACUUGAAGCUACUGGAGGUGGUGCUGAGGGAUUGAAAAAUUUGUUAUCUUCCCUUGGAGGUGAACCCACGGAAGUAUUGAGAACAUUAUUGACAAAUAUCGAUGGAGGUCUAGCAAAUCUUAUCGCAGCUGCUGGUGGUGGAGCACUGGGCCUUAAAAAUUUACUGAAUGCAGUAGGAGGUGGUGCAGAGGGAUUGAUGAGUCUAUUAACUGCAAUGGAUGGUGAUAUCAAUGAAGCCUUAAUCAGCUUAUUGAAUACAACAGGUGAUCAAAAAUCAGAUUUAAAGAAUUUAAUUGAAGCACUAGGCGGUGGCGCUGAAGGCUUCGCAAAUCUACUGAAAGUUAUCGGUGAUAAAAUGCCUAUUGAAGAACUAUUGAAGACAUUAGGAGGUGGAGUUGAAGGCCUCGCGACUCUACUGAAUUCAAUCGAUGGAAAUAAAGAUGCAGUAAUACAAAUGUUGAUAAAUUCUUCCGGUGGAGGUGUAAAAGGCUUAGCCAACUUACUGAAGACUGCUGGAGGUGGUGUUGAUGCUAUCAAAGAAAUUCUUAAUUCACUAGGCGGUGGUCAUCAGGCAUUAGCAAAAUUGCUAGCAAGUUGUGGUGGUGAUAAUCCAGCUGAAGCGUUAAAAGUUCUGCUGGAAAUGUUAGGUGGAGAUGAAAAUGCCCUGAAAAAUUUAUUAGCUGCAAGUGGACUAGAUCCAAAUGAUCCUAAUUCUUUAAAGCUACUCUUGGAAGCUUUAGGUGGAGCAGAGACAGGUUUAACAACAUUAGUGAAUGCCUUGGGUGGAGGUGAUGCAGGUUUAAAAAAACUCUUAGAAUCACUUGGUGACGACGGGAUUGUUACUCUUAUUGCAGCCGCUGGUGGAGGUGAGCAUGGAACAGGAGCUUUAAUUAGAGCAAUCGGUGGCAGAGGAAUCGAUGGUUUGACGGCUUUAUUAAAUCUUCUCGGUGGAGGUGAAAAUGGUCUUGCUGUGUUGAUUGGAGCCGCUGGAGGUGGACAGUCCGGCUUGGCUGCAUUGCUUAAGGCAGCUGGUCAAUUUGCCGAGGAUGGAGAUGGUCUUUCGGCGCUUAUAGCAGCUGCAGGAGGCGGUGCUGAAGGCUUGGAAGCAUUAAUUAACGCAGCUGGUGGUGAAGAGGUUGGAUUAGAACAGUUAUUAUUAGCUGCAGGUGCUACAGACGCCAAUUCAAAAUCGAACAUUUUAAAACGUCUUAUUGAAUCAGGAGGUGGAGGUCAGGAAGGCUUUAAUAACCUAUUAAAAGUUAUUUCCCGUGGAAAACGUGAUAGAACGAUAAAUGGACUUAGCGGUCUGCUUAAAGUUCUUGGAAAUAAUCCAGAAUCGUUAGAAAUACUAUUAGGAGCUUUUGGUGGUAAUUCAGACGGGUUGGCUGAUUUGCUGGCAGCUGCAGGAGGCGGAGCGGAGGCUUUACAGUUGUUAAUCAAUGCUGCUGGAGGUGGAACUGAGGGGCUAUCAAAAUUACUGGCUGCAGCUAAACUGGAUGGUGUUGGACAGUUGGCUGAUAUUUUAGCCGCUGCAGGAUUAAGUGAUGACGUGGUUGCAGCGGCUAGGGCUGGCGAUAUAACGGCACUUACAGAUGUUGUAGCUCGUAAUGCAGCAAAAGAAUAUAAUGUCAGAAUGACUGGUGGUCGACCAAAAGAACUUUGCCGAGAAGAGAAAGAAUGGCUUCGUACACGUCCAACAGGUCCUAUACGUUUUAUCCAAAAAAUUGUAACUGCUAAAAGAAAUUACAAAAAAUGGAAAAAGAUAACUGAAACGUCUUCACUGGCACAACAGGAACUUGAUUUGACUAUUUAUCCAGCAUUUUCUCAAUCGACAAUAGAAACCUCAAUGCAUAACCUCUACCCUUAUCAUUACAAUAUUCAAGAUAAACUGAAUAGAUUUGCAUCUCGGCUGAAUUCAGGCAUAUUUGAAACACUGACAACAAAAAUUCAACAAUUAGACACACUGAUUGACUAUAACUCAAAAGAGACAGAUCUUUUCUAUGAAAAUCAAUUUGUCGAAGAACAGCGUAUUAUCCGACAAGAAGCAGAAGCAGAAGAAGAACAGCGGCAAAGAUCUGAUUCAUCUGGAAAACCCACAAUGAUGAUGACUAAAGACGAAGAAAAUCAGCGGCAAGAGAAAAUUUUAUUAGAAAAUAAAAAAUUAGUUGAAUCAUUCGACGAAUAUGUAAAUAUGAGGAAAAAACUGAGAGAUGAAGAAAUGAUGGAGAAUUACAAAAUUGAUUUCUCAGAAAUAAAGAAAGGUCAACAUCAUCUGCCUACAUUUGAAGUCAGUGAAAUUGAACAGAUCAUGGAGACUAUGAAUUCAGAUGAGUUCAGUACUGAAGAAGCAGCGGACGACAUAGAAGGUGAAGACGGAGAGACAGGACAACAGGGAGAAGAACAAGUAGAGACACAUGAAGAAAUAACAACCCGCUCUAAUGUCUAUUCAAGAAUUCUAGUCUUGCACGAUUUAAUGCGUGAACACAUAGGUCUCAAACGAGAUGCUAAGAUUACGCCCGCUUUUGUAUGGUCAUAUUUUGAAUUAUUAAAACAAAUGAAGAGGCAGGUUCAAUCAUCAGCCGUUUUAGAUCAAGUUGGUGAAGACAGUACAAAUUCAUCAAUUAAUAUCACAGUUUAAUGAAAUUUAUCAACUGCGGAUAACAAUAAUGAUGAAGAUUAAAU